UAAAAAGGCAUAUGGGCAUGGCGUUUUCCAAAUUUCAGAAUAAGAGCUUGCUAAUCACGAGCAAGCCUGACUAGGACUCAGAUUACGCAUGCGCUUCAAGUUGCCGCGGGUCCGACGUUCAUCAUGACAGACAUGACAACAGCGGGAGAACACUCGAUGCUUCAUUCACCUAUUGAGUCACAUCUCCACGUGGCCGAACGAUGAGUCGAUUCGCGGUAUUUGCUGAGAUUGUCAUGAGAGAAUUGGUGACAAAAUUCUACGAACACAUCUACCACUCUCUGGUGCAUUUUUCUCCAAAAUGCGACAUUCAUACCACGGCAAGACUUCGACUAUGGCUACUCCGACGCUAGGCUCUCUUGCCAGACUCCCAGUAGAGCUUCGUCUUCAUAUCUACGAGCUCGUCUUGGCUGAUUCCAUCAAUUACGACAUCAAGAAUUACCCCGGCUGCAAAAUCAUCAAGCAGCGGGCAUGCGCAUUGCUCAGUACAUCACACCAAACUCGUCUCGAAACGCUGUUUGCAGCGCUUCCUGGCGCAAAGCUGUGUGCUCAGAUUAGCAUCAAGCAAUCGGACAAGUCUGCCAGAUGGGAUCCAGUAUUGAUACCUGGUCAUACAGGCGACUCUACACCCUUCAAUACGAAGAAAUUCGGUCAUACCACAAUACCCUGGAGCGAUCUUCUAGAGUCAGAAAGAGAAUACUUCAUGACGAACCUCGAAACUGCGGUUUUGAGCAUGGUUCUCGAUCCUUUGUUCCUCGAAAUUUGCAUCACAAUUGGGAGCUCCGCGGAAGCAGCUGGCAAUGUUCGAGUCCAAUUCCGAGAUGCAAGGAGAUCUACUCAUAGAAAGACUGGAGAGAUCGCACGUCCCGUUGCCCCUGAUGAUCAUCUACGUAGCAUCAUGGCAGAUCUCGGACCAAAAAUUGUAGAUAUUCUCUCUAGGCCAGGCAAGGACUACGGAAGUUUGACGGUUAAUUCGAUAUUCAAGAUUCUAUACGAGAUACAAUUGUACGGAUGGCGCAGGGUAGAUCCUCUCCGCAAAGAGCGUUAUUUCGGACUUCAGGGGAAGGAAGGAGGGAGAUCGGAUCACGACUGGUAUUGUGGUCUCUUACCGUUAUUGAGAAAUGUUCCGACAUGAAGAGUCACUGGAGUAGUGAGGGUGCACGAGAAGAGCCCAGAGUAUUGCUGGCGUGGUUUAUCAAUCGUAUAUCUGCGGGAUAAACUCAGCUUAGGUCAAAAUCACUUUCCUCUGGCGAGG